AUGGCACCCCUCAAAUCCUGGCUUUCCAUCCCUCAAGACAGCCAUUUCUCCCUCGCCAACCUCCCCUUCGGCAUCAUCACCUCGAAAAACUCGCAGACUGAGAAGAGACCAGCAGUGGCAAUCGGCGAGCUCGUCCUCGACCUGCAAGCUUUCGCCCACGGAGACGGGUUCUCCAGCCUUCCAUCUCUCAAAGAUCACCUCUCCGUCUUCUCGCAACCAACACUCAACGCCUUCGCAGCUCUCGGACAACCAAUACACCGCGAAGUGCGCACAUACCUCCAAAAUAUCCUCUCCGAUACCACAACCCACCCUCAAAUAUUGAAGGAUAAUGUAUCUCUACAAAAGACGGCUCUCCUCCCCAAGCACGAAACCAAAACCCACCUCCCUAUGCAAAUAGGCGACUACACUGACUUCUACGCCGGCGAAAACCACGCCUUCAACGCAGGCUGUCUCUUCCGCGGGCCCGCAAACGCUUUACAGCCAAACUAUUUCCACAUUCCCAUCGGGUACCACGGGCGAGCAUCUACCGUCGUCGUCUCCGGGACACCUAUCCGUAGGCCGAAUGGUCAGCUCCUUCUCGACUCGACCGCCGACCCCAAGAUUCCAACCUUUGGCCCAAGUAGGAGGUUGGAUAUCGAGCUCGAGUUGGGGUGUUUACUGUGUAAAGCCAACCCAAUGGGAGAACCUGUUCCAAUAGAAGAGGCUGAACAGGCUAUCUUCGGCUUCGUCCUAAUGAACGACUGGUCAGCACGCGAUAUCCAAGCAUGGGAAUACGUGCCCCUGGGGCCCUUCAACGGUAAAAACUUUGGCACCACAAUAUCUCCUUGGGUAGUGCUCUUCGACGCACUCGAUCAUUUUCGCGUUGAGAAGUUGAAGAAUGAGACGAAGCUGUUGCCGUAUCUGGAGGAAGGGCGGCCGGAUACGGUGUAUGAUAUUAAUCUAGAAGUUGAUUUGACGACCCCGGGCCCGGAGGGGAGUACCACGACGAUUUCGAGGGGGAGUGGACGGAAUUUGGUGUGGAGCUUUGCGCAGAUGAUAGCGCAUCAUAGUGUUGGCGGGUGUGCGAUGCAGCCUGGCGAUUUACUCGGCUCAGGUACCAUCAGUACGAAAGAUGAUUCUGGACUGGGAAGCUUGCUGGAGAUGAGUGCGGGUGGCAAGAAGGAGAUUAUGUUAGCGGGGAUGGAUGUCAGGAAGUUCUUGAAAGAUGGAGAUACGAUUACUAUAAGAGGGGUGUGUGGUGGUGAGCCUGGUGCUCUGGUAGGGUUUGGGGAGUGUGUAGGCACGAUUGAGAGCGCGAUUGUCUUUUCAUGA